AUGGUUGAAGCCGAUCGUCCAGGAAAGCUCUUCAUUGGUGGGCUCAAUACUGAAACCAAUGAGAAGGCGCUUGAAGCAGUGUUUGGCAAAUAUGGACGGAUUGUGGAAGUGCUCUUGAUGAAAGACCGUGAAACAAACAAAUCGAGAGGAUUUGCUUUUGUCACCUUUGAAAGCCCGGCUGAUGCCAAAGAUGCAGCCAGAGAUAUGAAUGGAAAGUCCUUAGAUGGAAAAGCCAUCAAGGUGGAACAAGCCACUAAACCAACAUUUGAAAGUGGUAGACGUGGACCCCCUCCACCUCCAAGAAGCAGAGGCCCUCCAAGGGGUCUUAGAGGUGGAAGAGGAGGAAGUGGAGGAACAAGGGGACCCCCUUCGCGUGGGGGACACAUGGAUGAUGGUGGCUAUUCCAUGAAUUUUAACAUGAGUUCUUCGAGGGGACCACUUCCAGUAAAAAGAGGACCACCACCAAGAAGUGGAGGUCCUCCUCCGAAAAGAUCAGCCCCUUCAGGACCAGUUCGCAGCAGCAGUGGAAUGGGAGGUCGAGCUCCUGUAUCACGUGGAAGAGAUAGUUAUGGAGGCCCACCACGAAGGGAACCCUUGCCCUCUCGUAGGGACGUAUAUUUGUCCCCAAGAGAUGAUGGAUAUUCCACUAAAGACAGCUAUUCAAGCAGAGAUUACCCGAGUUCUCGUGACACGAGAGAUUAUGCACCACCACCAAGAGAUUAUACAUACCGUGACUAUGGUCAUUCCAGUUCACGUGAUGACUAUCCUUCCAGAGGGUAUAGUGAUAGAGAUGGCUGUGGUCGUGAUCGUGACUAUUCAGACCAUCCUAGUGGAGGCUCCUAUAGAGACUCCUAUGAGAGCUAUGGUAAUUCACGUAGUGCUCCACCCACAUGAGGGCCCCCUCCAUCUUAUGGUGGAAGCAGUCACUAUGAUGAUUACAGCAGCUCACGUGAUGGAUAUGGUGGAAGUUGAGACAGUUACUCAAGCAGCCGAAGUGAUCUCUACUCAAGUGGUCAUGACCGGGUUGGCAGACAAGAAAGAGGGCUUCCUCCUUCUAUGGAAAGGGGGUACCCUCCUCCAUGUGAUUCCUACAGCAGUUCAAGCCGCGGAACACCAAGAGGUGGUGGCCGUGGAGGAAGUCGAUCUUAUAGAGGGGGAGGCAGAAGCAGAUACUAA